AUGGAUCACUUGUGCCCCGCCUUGCCGAAUCGGCUCAACUACAUUCACUGGAUAGAGGACGUGCUGCAUGCCUCGCAUAUCACCGACGUGCAAGGACUUGAUAUCGGUACGGGAAGUAUUGCUAUUUAUGCAUGUCUUGCGUGUGCCAUGCAUCCUGCAUGGACCAUGGUAGGCACCGAUAUCGAUCCUAGUGCCGUGGCGUCGGCACGCGCUACGAUUGAAAGCAGUCCAUCGCUCGCACAGCGCAUCACACUUGUAGAGACCACGCCGCAUGCGCCGCUCUUUCCGCGCGGAAAGUUUGCAUUCUGCAUGUGCAAUCCGCCAUUUUACGCGUCGCCGGCGGAUCGCCAAGCAUCUGCAUCCGCCAAGCAAGAGGUGCGCCGCAAAUGUACUGGCCAUGCCACCGAGCUGUAUACCCCUGGCGGCGAGUUGCGGUUUGUGCAGCGGAUGAUGGACGAAAGCAUGCAGGAAUCAAAUCGAGCACGGAUCGUGUGGUUCUCUAGCAUGCUCGGCAAGCUGUCGUCACUGCAUGCGGCUGUAGCGCACUUGCGCUGCGCCAAAAUUACCAAUUACGCAGUUACUGAAUUUAUGCAAGGGACGACAAAGCGAUGGGCGAUUGCGUGGUCUUUUCACGGGGCGCGGCUUCCGGAUACGCUCGUGCGUAGCGAGGCACUAGCAAAGCUCGCGCCGCGUAGUACGGAGCGAACGACGUUGAUUUCGGCUAAUGGGAUUGCUGCUGCACUCCGGGAAUGCGCAACAUUGCCCAAGGAGCAUGUGGACGUGACCGUUUUGGGCGAGGAGCACGUCGCUUUGGGAUUGUACUCUGCUUGUUGGACACGCGGUGCGCGCAGGAAACGCAAGCGGAAAGAAGUGCUUGCACAGCGCGCGGAUCCCGUGCUUCAAGUCGAGCUUCGCGCGCAACACGGCAAGCUCACGAUUCGGUGGUUGUAUGGAAUGGACGCUGUUCUGUUCGAGUCGCUGAGCAAGCACCUGUUUGACUAUUUAGCGAAUUAUAGUCGAGAGUAA